CUACUGUCAGACCUUGUCAGUUUGAUUUCCAUUUCCAUGAGUGAACGUUGUAUUUCAUUCCCAAGGAGUGAGUGAACAUUUUUGAUGAGAUAAUUGCGCCCGUUCGUCGGCCAAAAUUUUCGUGAAAAGUUCUAAACGAAAUUAACAAGUAAUCAAUCCUUAUUCGUAUUAAGUAGUCAGAUAUCGGGCGAACACGUUCGCGCGGAACUUGAGCAAAAUCACACUCAAAAAUCACUAGAAAUUAUAUCCACGAAAAUGAAUGCAGAUGAUUAUGAAACCCUUCCAACAGACAAUAUUGGAACUCAUAUGACCGCCGGGGCUAUUGCUGGUGUUAUGGAACAUUGCGUUAUGUACCCAUUGGAUUCUGUUAAAACAAGGAUGCAAUCCCUAGCAACAACAGGCUCAGAAGGUAUUAGUGAAACGUUUAUCAAAAUGGUGAGACAAGAGGGUAUGUUGAGGCCUAUAAGAGGCAUGGGAGCUAUGGUCUUUGGAGCAGGUCCUUCACACGCCUUAUACUUUAGUUCGUACGAAUAUCUGAAAGGGACAUUCACUGAAAUGGUUCCCAGUUCAAAAUACAAUACUCUAUGUUAUGGUGCUGCUGGUUGUUUAUCAACACUUUUACACGAUGGCGUAAUGAAUCCAGCAGAAGUUGUCAAACAGAGAAUGCAAAUGGUCAACUCUCCAUACAAAUCAAUACUAGCUUGUUUAACGGACGUCUACAGAUCGGAAGGCCCUAAAGCAUUUUACAGAUCAUAUACAACACAAUUAACAAUGAACAUACCAUUUCAGAGUAUACACUUUAUGAUUUACGAAUUUGCCCAAACUGUAACAAAUAAGGAUAGAGUUUACAGUCCUGCAGCGCACAUGGUCAGUGGCGCCCUAGCCGGCGCUGUAGCCUCAGCAGUAACUACACCAUUAGACGUUUGUAAAACUUUACUAAAUACACAACAGAACCUCAAGGCCCAGGGAUUAGUUCAAGCAAUGAAAUUGAUUUAUCAACUAAGAGGACCUGCUGGAUAUUUUAGAGGAAUGCAAGCCAGAAUAAUGUUCCAAAUGCCUGCGACAGCGAUUUGCUGGUCCACCUACGAGUUUUUUAAAUACAUACUACAGAAACAAGAAAUAAGGAUAGUGCCAUCGUCUACGAAUGUCCUGGCCGAGGACAGAGGCGAUGGGUUUGAAGGCUCGGACUCGGAUCCCACUAGUCCAACGCAUUAUGAAAAAAUCAACUUCAGAAGUAGGGAUAGCAGCCUUCCAAGGGAAUUGCCAGCCAUGUCUGGUGCUGGUCUGUACGGGUCAAUAUCGUUCAAUACAAUGCACAAAGCAGAUUAUCGACAGAAGGAUUCAUUGUUGGAUGUGGUUCAUACAUAGUUGUAAAUACUUCAUUUUCUUAUUUGACUACCAAUGGUUGGAGGCAUAUUUUAGAAAACAAAUCACCCCAUUUUAUGUCUCUUUUGUAGAUAUUAAAACGCAAUUUUACCAUUUGUAUUCUAUGACAUAGUCGAGACAUGAUUAAUUUAAGGUAACGCUAUACUAUCGAAUAGUGUGAAUCUUCGGUAAUUUUUAAAAUACCCAAAUAAGACAACGAUACCUGUCACUUAGUUAACCUUAUAAAUAUGACAAUAAUGUUUUUGUUUGCUGAUUGUUGUUAGGCGCAUUUUCCUUUAAAAAGUAGCGCGUUUGCACAUAAUUGCAAAAAAGAUAAGUGUAAAAUAUUUUUAUAUUUAAAAGAAAAGAUACGUAAAUUUCGGCAUAUUAAGAACAAAUAAAUGGUUUGUUCCAACAAGGCGUUGUACAGAUUCUUGCUUGUUGGAACAAUCCUCUAAGGGUAGCCGAUGAAGAUUAAUCAAACAUAUUUACUUUUAAAAAGUUCGCCAGGUUAUCCCAAAGGAAAAUUUUUAGCUUUAUGAUUAUUGUAGAAUAGAAUGCUUUCUCAUACUUGAGUUUUCAAAAGAAUGUGUCAAAUAUACCACAGAUUGGCCCAGUACCUUCAUUGCAAGCUUUCUGGUUCACCCUGUAAAUAUAUUAAAAUAUUUUUUUCCAUAUAGAACAAAUUAGUUUGCUAUAAUGGUAAUGGUAUAUUUUUGACUGAUUUUUUUUUCUAGUUAUUGUCAUUGUCCCAUAUUCCCUUACAUAAAAAUUUCGAAGAUUUGCGCUAAAUUUUGAUUUUUUUUUUGUAUUUUGUCACUCCGCAGUGGAUGUGACGUUUCUAAGCUGUGAUAAAGUCCUUAUCAACUGUUUUUUUGUAUGAUAUUGACUUCUUUCAGAUGGGGGUACUAUCAUAUUCCUUAUAACUGGCUUGUACGUAUACACGUUAAUGUUUAAUCAAAUUGUUGUAUGUUCCUAUAUGGUUACCCAAGGGAGUUAUUAUGUUUUAUUAAUAUCAAACUUAUUUAUUGUUAACAAAAACGAAUUACUUUUUAUUUGAAAUUUUUGGGAGAACUAUAAUGAGUAAAAUCCGUUAGGAAUUGGCAGUGUGUGUGUAUACGUUCCAUUUACAUCGUGAUAAGGGUUCUUGUCACUUUUAAAAAACAACCCGUUAAUUAAUUUUAUGAUUAAAAAUAGUGUCAUAGUUUCUGUUUUUCUUUUUGU